AUGGGUCUUGAACGGCUUGAAAAUGCCAAUCCACUUAUCUAUGCCGUCAAGUCACGUGAGCGAACCAACACUGCAGAUUCCAUGAACGAAUCCGUUGAGGAUCCUAUCGAUGCGCUAGAGAUCUUCGACCUCAUUCGUGAUAUCAAUGAUCCGGAACAUCCUUACACUUUAGAGCAAUUAAAUGUGGUACAAGAGGAGUUGAUUAAAGUCUAUAAGGAUUCGAAACACACUUACGUUGAUGUACGAUUUACGCCUACUAUUCCACAUUGUAGUAUGGCAACCUUAAUAGGGUUGGCGAUUCGGGUGAAAUUGUAUCGUUCCUUACAUCCAAGAGUUAAGGUUUGUGUUUCGAUAACGGAAGGAAGUCAUAAUACUGAGGAGGCCAUAAAUCGGCAGUUGGCGGAUAAAGAGAGAGUUGCAGCAGCUAUGGAAAACACUAACCUAAUGUUCGCAGUAAAUCGUUGUUUAGCUCUUCCGAUGGUUACUCCAACUCUUAUAAAUCCGUCAUUAUUGUCUAGUGUCCACACUUUGCGACAUUUCUCUUCAAAAACUAGAUCAAGUACAAUGAAGUAUUUGCGUCGCCAGAUGACGGAUGAGUUUUCUGUGAAGGCUCGCGAGCACUCUUAUCGAUGCAGUUUAGGUAUCACUGUGUUGGACGUUGGCUGUGCACCGGGUUCUUGGAGCCAAGUUGUUGUUGAGCGAUGUCAGCUGAACACAAAAACUACCCCUGGAUAUCUGCUUGGUAUUGAUGUUCAGGUGGUUUCUCCAAUACCAGGGGCUGAUAUUCUUUCUAUGUCUGAUAUUACAUCCCCGAAGACGCAGGAAUUAAUAGUAAAGAAACUGGACGGGCGUUUUGUUGAUGUAGUACUUAGUGAUAUGGCUCCGUCUCCUACAGGUGACAAUGCCACAGAUCAUCUAAGACUGACGGAGUUGUGUCGCACAAUAUUCCGUCUAUUUGCUCCACAAACUGAGAUCUAUACAGCGAACGACGCAUCCAUUAAUAGGUCUCCGUUGUUCCAGCUAUCGAAUAAUGGAAAAUUUUUGUGUAAAAUGUGGGACGGAAGUUAUCGACAGUCAUUUAUGCUAGAACUUUUGACUUAUUUCAAGCAAGUGCGAACCGUAAAGCCUAAAUCUAGUAGGGAUUCAAGUGCUGAGUUGUAUUUGUUGUGCACAGGUAGAAAUAAAUAG